AUGGGUCAAACCAAGAUAAGUCUCAAAGAAUUAGUUAGUAUUAAGAGGAAGUUUACUGAACCUAUAGACGAUUAUCUAAACAGGUUCCGUUUGUUAAAAGCUAGAUGUUUUACAGUGGUGCCUGAACACGAAUUGGUCGAAAUGGUCGCUGGAGGUCUAGAUUACUCCAUCAGGAAGAAAUUAGACACUCAAUAUCUGCGAGAUAUGGCCCAAUUGGCUGAUAGGGUUCGCCGGGUAGAAAUAUUAAAAGCAGAAAAGGCUAGAGCAAAUAAAAUUUACAAGAAAGAAAGGGUCACCUACGUCGAAGUAGACGAAGGAGAAUUAGAAACCUUCGAGGACCAGUAUGGUUUCGAAGACUGCGAAGUAGAUCUAGCCGAAUUAAAAGAAGCAGGCCCCUAUACUUGCAAGAUGAUCACACCAUCGAAUGGAAAAAAUCCCGUCGAAGUUGAAAAGAAUGAUAAGUUUCCUAAGAAAACAUACACAUUUGAUGUAACUAAAUGUGAUGAGAUAUUUUAUUUGCUUGUGAAAGAUGGCCAAAUGGUUUUGCUUCCUAAUAUUAAGAUUCCUCCGUUAGAGCAAUGGAAGAAGAGAGGAUACUGUAAAUACCAUAAUUUCUUGGGCCACAAAACCUCACAAUGUUUCCUUUUCAGGGAUCUUAUCCAGAAUGCGAUUAAGGAAGGGCGUAUGAAGUUUGCAGACAAAGGAAAGAACCAGAUGAAGAUAGACGCUAACCCCCUCAACAUUGCUGACACCAACUACUCUAACCUGUUGAAAUCAAUAUGGUAG